GUCAGGCGGAGGCUCUGCCGCUGCGGCCGCCGCAGCUCAGCUGGCAUUCCGGGGAAGCCUGGAACGGGCACUUUCGAAAAUAAGUGGAGCGGCGUUCGGGUUAGGGUCCGUGCUCUCCGCCUGCGCGAGGGCGAAGCGACCAGGGCGAGCAAGGGGGUGCGGAGGUGCGGGGCCGGUGUCUCGCAAGCCGGAGGGAGCCCCGGCUGCGCCGCGCGACUCGCUCUUUGGCCCUCGGAGCGCGGCAGCGGGCUGACGGGCGGCGGGACGCGGGGACGCGGCAAACAACGUGAGGCAGGGUCCUGAAGUCGCAGGGGCUCCAUCAGCCACCUCCCCGCUUCCCGGACCCGGCGCGGCGAGGCGGUGCGCGGUCAUUAUCCAAGUGUUAGAGGUGAUGGAUCAUCUUCAUAGAGGGGAAUCAGUUGCUGCAAUACUCCGUAACCGGAGACGGAGGCAAUUGUCUUUAAAACAAGCCGAUUUCAAGGAUAUAUUCAAAAAAUCAACUCCAGGAUCUCUAGUGGAAGAGGAAGACCAACACAUGAAAUUGUCCCUUGGAAGCAGCGAAAUGGGUCUCUCAUCCCAUCUGCAGUCUUCCAAGGCAGGAACCACACGCAUCUUUACCAGCAAUACCCACAGUUCUGUGGUGUUACAGGGCUUUGACCAGCUUCGACUUGAAGGAUUGCUUUGUGAUGUGACUCUGAUGCCAGGCGACACAGAUGACGCCUUCCCUGUGCAUCGAGUCAUGAUGGCCUCUGCUAGUGAUUACUUCAAGGCGAUGUUCACAGGUGGAAUGAAAGAACAAGAUUUAAUGUGCAUUAAGCUUCAUGGUGUGAGCAAAGUCGGCUUAAGGAAAAUUAUUGAUUUCAUUUAUACUGCAAAGCUUUCUCUUAACAUGGACAACCUUCAAGACACACUGGAAGCUGCCAGUUUUCUUCAGAUUCUGCCGGUUUUGGACUUCUGCAAAGUAUUUCUCAUAUCUGGGGUCACUUUAGACAAUUGUGUCGAAGUUGGUCGGAUUGCCAACACCUACAAUCUGACGGAAGUGGAUAAAUACGUCAACAGUUUUGUCCUGAAGAAUUUUCCUGCAUUGCUGAGCACUGGGGAGUUCUUGAAACUCCCUUUCGAGCGUCUCGCCUUUGUGCUUUCCAGUAAUAGCCUUAAGCACUGCACUGAACUUGAGCUCUUUAAGGCUACCUGUCGCUGGCUACGCCUAGAAGAGCCUCGGAUGGACUUUGCUGCAAAAUUAAUGAAGAACAUACGAUUUCCACUGAUGACACCGCAGGAGCUCAUUAAUUAUGUGCAAACCGUGGAUUUCAUGAGAACUGACAAUACCUGUGUGAAUCUCCUUUUGGAAGCCAGCAAUUACCAAAUGAUGCCGUACAUGCAGCCAGUGAUGCAGUCAGACAGGACUGCCAUUCGGUCUGACACCACUCAUUUGGUCACGCUUGGAGGAGUGCUGAGGCAGCAGCUGGUUGUCAGCAAGGAAUUGCGCAUGUAUGAUGAAAAGGCCCAUGAAUGGAAAUCGUUAGCCCCCAUGGAUGCCCCAAGGUACCAGCAUGGCAUCGCUGUCAUUGGAAAUUUCCUCUAUGUCGUCGGUGGACAGAGUAAUUAUGACACAAAAGGAAAAACGGCAGUCGAUACAGUCUUCAGAUUUGAUCCUCGCUACAAUAAAUGGAUGCAGGUUGCGUCUUUAAAUGAAAAGCGCACCUUCUUCCACCUAAGUGCCCUCAAAGGAUAUCUGUAUGCUGUCGGUGGGCGAAAUGCAGCUGGUGAACUGCCCACAGUGGAGUGUUACAAUCCAAGAACAAAUGAGUGGACCUACGUUGCCAAAAUGAGUGAACCCCACUAUGGCCAUGCUGGGACUGUGUACGGAGGAGUCAUGUAUAUUUCAGGAGGAAUCACUCAUGACACUUUCCAAAAGGAGCUCAUGUGCUUUGACCCUGAUACUGACAAGUGGAUCCAGAAGGCGCCGAUGACCACCGUCAGAGGCCUGCACUGCAUGUGUACGGUGGGCGAGAGGCUCUAUGUCAUCGGUGGCAAUCACUUCCGAGGCACAAGUGAUUAUGAUGAUGUCCUAAGCUGUGAAUACUACUCACCUAUCCUUGACCAGUGGACCCCAAUUGCUGCCAUGCUAAGGGGGCAGAGUGAUGUUGGGGUUGCGGUCUUUGAAAAUAAGAUCUACGUGGUCGGUGGGUAUUCCUGGAAUAAUCGCUGUAUGGUGGAGAUAGUGCAGAAAUAUGACCCCGAUAAAGAUGAGUGGCAUAAGGUGUUUGAUCUCCCAGAGUCCCUCGGUGGCAUCCGAGCUUGUACCCUCACGGUUUUCCCGCCCGAAGAAACCACACCAUCACCUUCUAGAGAGUCCCCCCUUUCUGCACCUUAGGAUCAUCCCCCUACAACUAAGAUGCUGUAGUCCUAUCUUUGCAACGUGUCAAGAAUUCUCUUCUUUUGCACCCCCUUUAGUAGUGUAUGUUAGGGUUAGCCUCCAGUCAUUGAUACAGAUAUUGGAAAAAAAGACAACAUUGAUGUUUCUGUGCUGUUUGUUUGGCUUAGAGUGUUUAUAAAGUGGUAACAAAACCAUUCUGGAAAUGUAUCCCAUUGAAGCUGAUGUUUAACAUACAAAAAACAAAACGAAAAAAAAAAAAACCAACAAAAAAAAAACAACCCAAGAUAUUGUCUAUAAAAUGUUUCCUUCAGUACUUUUUUGAUGCUGUGUAUUGGGUGUAAGGUAUUUGUCAUCUUACAUUAGAAAGCCCAAUAAGCCAACUUGAUGGUGGGUUAUAGUAAAUGUACAACUGUGCUAACUAGGCCUCAAAGUCAAAAGUUUUCCUUUCAUCUUUGACUGUGAGAUGUCAAAGGGAGGCAGAUGGCUCCAACAGGGCAUGAGACAAAAGGUUGCCAACUCGCAUGAGCUACCUUCCUCUUUUCAUAAAGUAUUUUUGACAUAUCUGUCAACCCACCGGUCUGUGUGGGCGCAUUGAAAACAUACAAAGUUUCUUAGACACACAGGAGAAAUAAUAACUGAAACUCACCAAUAUUAAU